UCCCUCGUCGGCAUAAGGCGGCGCGUGACUUUCUGAAGUAGCGUCUAUGAGCUGCCUAGACUAAUUCAUCUUUCGCCGGCAUGUUUCCGGCAUUCCAAGGAUAUUGAAGUCGAAUGUUACACCUACGAUCAACAAGUUGGGGUUGCACGAGACAAUCUGAUUGUGAGAUUUACUCUUCUUUGGGGUCAGACUGUUCUUAAGCUGAAAGAGGAACACUGUUCUUUUAUUUCAGAUUCAGCGCAAGAGAGACAAUACACGGACUAAAUAGUGUUGGCGGAGUAGUCAAAGCGCUCUUUUCCCAAGUAUGCCAACGAAGAAUUGAGACGCGACUUUAAAAUAUCAUCACCCAGAGCAUGGACAUCGCGCGGGGAACGGAAUCAGCUGGGCUGGCUCCCUGUCAAGGUUUGCACCAGACGCUUGCAAAUCUCCGUUGGAGCACCUGACACUUACAUUUAUUUAUUUAUUCCCGGUGAGCGAAACCCUGUUGCGUCUAUGCUUUUGUCACGUCCACGGGUUGUCAACCUGUACAGUAUUCUGUCUGGACGGCAUGGGAUGUAAAGUAACCAUUUAAAUCUGAUGAACGUCCACGUCUGUCUGUAUGUGUGUGUUUCUGUGAGCGUGUGUCAGUAUGAAUCAGCGUGCGUGUGAGUCAGCGCGCGUGUGUCGGCAAGGCUGUAUGUGUGUCGGUUGUAGACGACCCACCUAUUCCGACACGACCUGAGUGUCCUUGUCAUUCGUAGAUAUAUAAAUAUAUCAACAGUACUACGAAGCAUUCUGGUAAAAUUAACACCUCAAAGCAUUACAUGUGAAGAACAUAAGACAUUAAAGUCAGUUUUGUCGAUCGAAGGAGGGUCAAUAGCUUCAACAAAAACAGUCACGGAUAUGUACGCCUCUAUGUAACAGACCGGGAAACCAGUGGCAACAUGCCCGUCGUCACAGCUCUGAGAGCGGUAGAGAUGGGUAGAGGGUGGGCCUACGGCGGCGUGUGGUGCUCCAAGGACAAGGGAAAGGAUGAAUGAUGAAGGAUGAUCGGCGAGGGCAAACGGCUGAAGGGUUUAAAAGAAAAACACGUGUGGUGCGUUAUUUUUAAAGUGGCGAGGAGGAUUCUCAGACGUUUUAAUUGGCAGGCUCCAAGGACAUAGAGGUGAGAGCCAUGGGCGCGUUUGUUAAGAGAGGGCGGAGGUGCGAGGCGCCGUGUGUUCGUUUUCUGGAACUAUGAAGAAUGGGGCGGCUAUUUAUCUGUGAAGUCGCGUCUAUUUUUUUCUUUCUGGUAGUGUGCAUUUCCAUUUCCAAGUCCGCUGAAGUGGGCGAUGGGCAGCUUGUGAUAUUUACACUUCUCUGAGCCUCUUGUUUCUGCUGUUGCCACGCUCUGUAGUUGGUGUAACAGGUGAUAAUAGGAGGGCUGUGCAGGUGUGGGUGUGCGUGACCCCCUGCCCGUCACGGACAUGGACGGGGUGGGGGGUGGAGCGGGUACCCCAGGGACUGGGGGUGCAGGUGGCGGCUCAGGUAAUGCGGACUCCCGCCCCACCCGAAACGGCGACUCCAAGCGGCGCAGCAAGAGCAGCCUGCCGUCGCCAGGUUACCGGCUGUCCCAGGCCUCUCUGGAGGGGGAGCGGGCCGAGCCAGUGCGCCGCCGCCUGUCAAUCAUGAGCUCGUCCCGUGACGGCCUCCCCUUCCGGUCGGCCACCGCCGCUGGGACCCCCACCACCCCGAUCCCUCUCCCACCGCCCCCCUCCGGCUCGGGCCCCACCCCGACCUCGAUGCCCACCACAGGGCAGCGCGCGGUGGGCUUCGCCUCGCGCGCCGCCCUGACCUCCACGUCCUCCACGGGCACGGGGGUGGUGGUGGUGACGGCGGCGGGGCUGGAAACCACCACCACCACGGCGGCCGGCACGCCUGAGGCCGGACCAGGCCUGGACGGGGAGGACUACAGCUACUCCAACCAGUCCACCUUCAUCCAGAGGCAGUUCGGAGCCAUGCUGCAGCCCGGGGUCAACAAGUUCUCCCUGCGCAUGUUCGGUAGCCACAAGGCCGUGGCCCUCGAGCAGGAGAGGCUCAAGUCGGCCGGGUCCUGGAUCAUCCACCCUUACAGUGACUUCAGGUUCUACUGGGACCUGCUGAUGCUGCUGCUGAUGAUGGGGAACCUGAUCGUCCUGCCCGUGGGCAUCACCUUCUUCAAGGACGAGAACACGCCACCGUGGAUCAUGUUCAACGUCGUCUCGGACACCCUCUUCCUGGUGGACCUGGUGCUCAACUUCCGCACGGGCAUCGUCAAGGAGGACAGCACCGAGAUCCUGCUGGACCCGCGAGCUAUCCGCCAGCGCUACCUCAAGAGCUGGUUCCUGGUGGACUUCGUCUCGUCCAUCCCUGUGGACUACAUCUUCCUGAUGGUGGACCUGGAGGCGCGCAUGGGCGGCUCAGAGGUGUACCGCACCGCCCGCGCCCUCCGCAUCGUGCGCUUCACCAAGAUCCUCAGCCUGCUGCGCCUCCUCCGUCUCUCCAGGCUCAUACGCUACAUCCACCAGUGGGAAGAGAUCUUCCACAUGACGUAUGACCUGGCGAGCGCCAUGGUGCGCAUUGUCAACCUGAUCGGCAUGAUGCUGCUGCUGUGCCACUGGGAUGGAUGCCUCCAGUUCCUGGUGCCCAUGCUGCAGGACUUCCCCCCAGACUGCUGGGUCUCCAAGAACGACAUGGUGAAUGACACAUGGGGGGUGCAGUACUCGUAUGCCCUCUUCAAGGCCAUGAGCCACAUGUUGUGUAUUGGCUACGGAGCCCAGGCCCCCGAAGGCAUGACGGACGUGUGGCUCACCAUGCUCAGCAUGAUCGUGGGCGCCACCUGCUACGCCAUGUUCAUAGGCCACGCCACCGCGCUCAUACAGUCACUCGACUCCUCACGCCGCCAGUACCAGGAGAAGUAUAAGCAGGUGGAGCAGUACAUGUCCUUCCACAAGCUGCCGGCGGACAUGCGUCAGAAGAUCCACGAGUACUACGAGCAUCGCUUCCAGGGCAAGAUGUUUGAUGAGGAGAACAUCCUUGGCGAGCUGAGUGAGCCACUCAAGGAGGAAAUCGUCAGCUUCAACUGCCGCAGUCUGGUGGCCAACAUGCCCCUGUUUGCCAACGCUGACCCCAACUUUGUGACGGCCGUCCUGACGAAGCUGCGCUUCGAGGUAUUCCAGCCUGCCGACUUCAUCAUCAGGGAGGGCACCGUCGGCCGCAAGAUGUACUUCAUCCAGCACGGACGAGUCGGCGUGCUCACCCGCGGCAACAAGGAGACCAAGCUCAGCGACGGAUCCUACUUCGGAGAGAUCUGUUUGCUGACCCGUGGCCGCCGGACUGCAAGUGUGCGAGCUGACACGUACUGCCGGCUGUACUCACUGAGCGUGGACAGCUUUAACGAGGUCUUGGAGGAGCACCCCAUGAUGCGGCGAGCCUUCGAGACCGUGGCAGCUGACCGCCUCGACCGCAUCGGUAAGAAGAACUCCAUCCUGCUGCGUAAGGCGUCUCAGGCCGGUUCGAUGGCGGGCAGUAUGGGUCGCGGGGGUGGGGGCAGUCGCGGGGGUGGCGUUGGCGGAAGCGGAGUGCUGGGCAGCAUGGCAGGCCUGGGCUCGUGCGACAGCAUGCUGGUGCAGCAGAUCGUCAAGCACGACAGCAUGCCGGCCAUGCAGGAGUUCGCUGCCGUGGCUACCCCUCGGCCCGGGGUGGUCGGAGGAGGAGGAGGAGGAGGAGGAGGAGGAGGAGGAACCGUGUCUCCGCGCCCCCACCCGCUCAUCUGGGCACCGCUGGUGCACGCUCCGCUGCAGACGGCCGCGGCCACCACCAACGUGGCUAUUGCCCUGAUGCACCAGCAGCAGCAGCAGCAGAUCCAGCAGCAGAUCCAGCAGCAGCAGCAGCAGCAGCAGCAGCAGCAGCAGCAGCAGGCUCUGGGCCAGGGCACCCUCUUCAUGCCCUCCACACUGCCCAUCUCCCCCUCCCCCUCCGGCUGCCCACUUUCACCACCGCGCCCCCCCCUCCUGCACCCGCGCCAGUCCAUCUCCUCCCUCAUGGGCGUGGGACUGCCCCCCAGGGGGCUCCCCGUAUCCAUGAUGUCAGUGCCCUCCCCCUCCUCAGUGGGCCCGCCUACUGCUGGCGGGGGUUCAGGAGUAGGGGGUGUCACAGGAGGCAUUGGCGUGGCUAAAAUUCCGCCCACCCCUGCGUCGUCCAUGCCCACACCCUUGCAAGGGGGACGGACUCUUCACUACAGUCUCCGCCUCCCCGCGGAAUCCCCCUCAGCCAAUGGCGCUGGAGUGGGAGGAGCCACGACACCACCUUUCCACAGAGUUCCACCUUCCUCUGCAGGCGGGGCCGUCGCCAUGGCAGUGGCGUCCCUGCCGCCCGACAUGCGCAAUCUGAUGUGUGGCCAGCAGGGGGCCAAAGAGGCGCUGCUGCGCCACAGCACCCAGGGGCUGCCCGCUCUGGGCCGCCUGACGCAGGAGGCCCGGCUGCUCUCCGCCUCCCAGCCCACGCUGCCGCACCGCAGCUGGGCCGGCCUGCAGCCCUGCCCCCCCCUCCACCGCAAGGCCUCCGGGGGCAACCUGCUGCCCGCACCCUUCCUCGUGUCGCCAGGACAGCUGGCCAGGGGGGGCAGUGCCGGGGUGCUGAGUUCUAACACUCCCACCGCUGCUGCCCAGAUUCUGCCCCUGGCAGCACAGGUGCCCAUGCAGAUGCCAGCCCAAACGUACCCACUGCCCCUGCAGGUCCAGUUGGCACAGACCCCCCCUCCUCUGGCACUCGGGCCCACCCCUGCCGCCACCCUAAGCUCUGCUCCUGGCCCAGCGUCCUCGUCCCCGAAACAGACACCCCUCUCCUCCUCCUCUCCCCCCAGCGCGGGCAGCACCCCGCUGGCAUUCCCCCACACCCAGCCAGCGGGCGCCAAGCCCAGUGCCGCCUCCCCCUGCCCCUCCCUGCCCUCCUCCACCCCUCCCCCCUCCGCGGCCGCCUCCCUCAUCCAGGGCUCCCGUUUCAGGCUGUCCCCCACCCCUCUCUCCUGUAUCAGCCCUCCUCCCACCUCCCCCCUUGCCCAGACCCCCACCCAAACCCCCAGUGGUACCACCACCCCUGUUAGCUCCUUGAGCUCCUCCGUCACCCCUGUCCCCACCAGCCGCCCCUCCACCCAGACCACUGGCACCUCCUCCCCGUCUCCCUCCCCCUCCACGCGCUCCUCCCCUGGGCCUCAGUCUCCCCAGACUCCUGCCCCUGUUACCCCCCCACCCUCCUCUAGUGCCCCCACCCCUCUGACCCCACACACUGAUGCCUCCAAACUGACCCCCCACAUCCCCACCACCUCCACCCCUGCCGUCUCGCCCGUCACUGUUGCACCCUUUGCUUCAGCAACUACCCCCUCCCCCCGUAGCACAACUGCCACCACCACUCCUGCCCCUGCAACUACCCCCUCCCCCCGUAGCACAACUGCCACCACCACUCCUGCCCCAGCAACUACCCCCUCCACCCGUAGCACAACUGCCACCACCACUCCUGCCCCAGCAACUACCCCCUCCCUCCGUAGCACAACUGCCACCACCACUCCUGCCCCAGCAACUACCCCCUCCCCCCGUAGCACAACUGCCACCACCACUGCCACUCCAGCCCCCCCAGCGGCACCCAAAGCUUCCCACAAGGCCACAGUCAAACACAAACUGCCCCAUCACAAGUGA